CACGAGUCCACGGCCCAAGACCACCAACCCGGCUCCGCCUGGCGGCCGCGCCCCUCGCGCCGUCACCAACCACCGGGCCCCAACCGCCGGCGGCCGCGGCCGACAAAAAGAACCCGACCCGUACGUCUCGCUUGCCACUCCCACCUGCCCCGCGCCGCGCGACCAGCCGCCACGCCACGCCACUCCUCACUCCGCCCGCCGCGGCGACGGACGCGAUGCCUCCACCCUCCCUCCUGCUCCUCCACUGCCGCGCCCCUCUCCCGCACCCGCACCGCCCGCUCCGGAUGAGCUCCCCGGCGCCGAGCAGGGUCGUCUGCUCGGCCACCUCCGCAGAGGCGCACAUCCCCGCUGCCCCGAUCCUCCUCCCCGACGGCCCCUGGAAGCAGGUCGAAGGCGGCGUCACGGCGGCAAAGGGGUUUAAGGCCGCGGGCAUCUACGGCGGCCUGCGCGCCAAGGGACAGAAGCCCGACUUGGCGCUCGUUGCUUGCGACGUCGACGCCACCGUCGCCGGAGCUUUUACACAAAAUGUUGUUGCUGCCGCGCCUGUUCUUUAUUGUAAGCGCGUGCUUAGUUCGUCGAAGACAUCUCGAGCUGUGUUAAUUAAUGCCGGUCAAGCAAAUGCUGCCACUGGCGAUUUGGGAUAUCAGGAUGCAGUGGACAGUGCGGAAGCUGUUGCCAAGCUUUUGAAUGUGAGCACAAAUGAUAUACUGAUCCAAUCAACUGGUGUCAUUGGUCAAAGAAUAAAGAAGGAAGCACUUCUAAAUUCACUUCCUAGACUUGUGGGCUCGUUAUCUUCAUCUACUGAGGGUUCAAAUUCUUCAGCUGUGGCCAUUACAACUACAGAUCUUGUUAGCAAGAGCAUUGCUGUCCAGACUGAGAUUGGAGGAGUGCCUAUCAAAAUAGGAGGAAUGGCCAAAGGUUCUGGGAUGAUUCAUCCCAAUAUGGCAACAAUGCUUGGUGUUCUGACAACUGAUGCUCAAGUCAGAAGUGAUGUCUGGAGAGAAAUGGUCCGGACAUCAGUGAGUAGAAGUUUCAACCAAAUUACUGUGGAUGGCGAUUCAAGUACCAAUGACUGUGUUAUUGCUAUGGCCAGUGGAUUAUCUGGUUUAUCCGAUAUUCUCACUCAUGAUAGUGCUGAAUCUCGACAGUUCCAAGCAUGCCUAGAUGCGGUAAUGCAAGGCCUCGCAAAAUCCAUCGCGUGGGAUGGUGAGGGUGCAACCUGCUUAAUUGAGGUUACUGUAACCGGUGCAAAUAACGAGGCAGAAGCAGCUAAAGUUGCUCGUUCAGUAGCAUCUUCCUCAUUGGUUAAAGCUGCUGUAUUUGGACGAGACCCGAACUGGGGACGUAUUGCUUGCUCUGUCGGCUAUUCUGGCAUUCAGUUUAAUCCAGACCAACUUGAUAUUUCCCUUGGAGUUAUUCCACUAAUGAAAAAUGGCCAACCACUCCCUUUUGACAGAUCUGUGGCUAGCAAGUAUCUCAAAGAUGCUGGGGACAUCCAUGGUACAGUGAACAUCGAUGUAUCAGUUGGGGGUGGAGGAGGCAGUGGAAAGGCGUGGGGCUGUGACCUAAGUUACAAAUAUGUCGAAAUAAAUGCUGAGUACACGACGUGAAGCUUGAUCUUCUUGAAGAACUGUCUUCGUCUCUUAGAAUACGUUUAAAUGCAAUUAGAUUUCUGAGGAUCUAUAUCAUAUUGGAAGGAUGGCGUUGUUGUACCAAUAGGUUGAAAAUGUAUUCGCUUCAACGCGAAUGGUCAGAUUAGUCUUCUGUAAAUGUAAUAAUGUGCUAAAAAAAUAUGGUGCCAUAACAAAGUUGUAUGCUUUUCAGCUAAUUAAUUAUGGAGGAUGUUGACCUGACCAAAUAAAAUUUGGAAUUUUGGGUUUGCCUUUGUU